GACAUCUCAGGCUUACUACAUCGCCAUCAUUUUCUUUUCGCCAUUUCAUCUCAGAAAGUUUUUUCGAGCACAUUGUUUCUUAAACCAAACCUACAAAAAAGGACAAAAAUUCCGUAAACCAAACUAAAAAAAUGGCAAAGAAUAUAGAGAACAUAAUGAUCGUGGAGCCAGCUGAUGCGCUGACUUUCGAAGGGCCGUUCAACAAGCCCAUCAAGCGCAAUCUGGUUAUUCGCAGUCUCGUCGAUAAAGAUAUGGCGUACAAGCUGAAGACAACCUCGCCACGCCUGUUCUUCGUUCGCCCUAACAUCGGGAUAAUUGGUGCCAAGUCGUCGGUCAGCAUCGAAAUUUUCAUGCCUCCGACACUGCCCCUCUAUCCGGACCCGUUUAUGAAGCGUCACAAAUUCCUCAUUGUGGCUGGCGAAGCUACUGAACCCGUAGGGGAUUUGCAGAACUUCUUCAAGGAUCUGGAGCCGGCCAACGCCUGGGAAGGCAGGGUCCACUGUGAGUUUGUGCUUCCGCAGCCGGAGAAUAACAACGGCUUCGAGGCUAGCAUUUUGGACGAGUCGAUCCGUCACACUGUUGGUGGAGAGCCCAUGGAAGACUUGGAGCUCACGUACGACGCCCUGGAGGUCAGCGUUCUGGUGGACAUUCUACAGGAAAAGGUUGUUAAUCUUGAGCAGGUGCGUCUGGAGUUGUCUCUGCAAAUCGAGGAACUACGCGAUUCUGCUAAGAAGGGGCAGAACGCCAAGAAAAUUCUGCUACGCCAGCGCUCUACCUUUUUUAUGUUUUCGUCCGCAUGUGUCGCCGUUGGUGCCGUCUUUUUUUUUGGUAAUUUUGGCAAAGACUUCCUAAACCUAAUUAAGAAAGCCUUUUAAGGAAUUGUUCUGUUACAAGCGAAUAAAAUAUGUAAUUGCUCUCCCCUAAA